AUGAAUGUUAAACUUAUUGCAGGAGUUUUGAAGUUCAGUUAUGCGAAGGAGUUUAAGAUAACACGAAUGAGUCAUAGAGUUCAAUUGCUUCUGGGAGCAUACCAUAUGACAUUUCCUUUGAAAAGUGUUGACAAAACGAUUGAGAUGAAAUCCGUUCCAUACGUAUGUUAUGGCAAUUGUUUGUACAUUGAGUCUAAAAUAGCUAAUGUCACAGGUAUUUCAGGAGUUAAUAGUAAAGGUUCAGUAGAAUAUAAGUCUUUCUGUUAUGAAGUAAAUUCAAUGUUCAUUCCAAACGUUCCUGUCAUAGUAACUCAUUUAGGUAAAUGGGUUCGCAUUAGUCCUCAUAAUUUGAAAGACAUGCAAUUCAGACUAGUUGACUUUCAAGGCGAGCCCGUAGUACUGAAGGCACCAGUGCGAAUGACUGUUGAAGUUGACUUUUUAGAAAAUAUUAAAUGCAACGGCUUACAAGAGAACUCAGAGCUAAAAAUAUAA